AUGAAUCGUCUUGGCCAGUUUCUGGCCUUGAGCUACUUCGUCGUUACGCUCGUUUCUGGCCGUGCUACCCAACUUGUCCGCAGGGCAGUUCCCAACUUGCCUUUUGAUCCAAACACCAUUUCAACCUGCACGGACUGGUGGGACAAUGAAGGAUUCCUCCCUUGUGUCGACCUGAUAACUGCCUGGAAUAUUGACAUUUCAGACUUCCGGAGAUGGAACCCCUCCAUCACUGCCGACUGCGGAAACUUCCAGGUCGGAAUGUCGUACUGCAUCGGUGCGUCUGCUGGGCCGCCGCCUGUUUCGCCGACCGCUCCCCAGCAACCAAGUACGUCUCUUCGGCCCUCUGAGACGUCCUCUUCGCCUCCGUCUACCACAACAUCUCCCGGCAAUGGGGUUGCGACACCCCAGCCAACACAGCCGGGUAUGGUUGACAACUGCAACAAGUUCUACUUCGUGAAGCCUGGCGAUACCUGCCAAGUCGUGGUCUCCAACGCCGGCAUCUCCCUCGAACAGUUCUACGCUUGGAACCCGAGCGUCGGCAACACAUGCUCCGGCCUCUGGGCCGACGUAAACGUCUGCGUCGGGCUCAUCGGGCAACAGGGCACGCCGACGACCCCGUCGAACGGCAUCAAGACGCCGCUCCCUACUCAGCCAGGCCUGGUGAACAACUGCUACAAGUUCUACCUCGUCAAGCCCGGAGAGAUCUGCAUCGACAUCACGGCCAAGACAGGCGUCAGCCUGAGCCAGCUCAACCAGUGGAACCCGAGCAUCGGCAGCGGCUGCAGCGGGCUCUGGGCGGAUGUGCACAUCUGCAUAGGCGUCUUCGACAAGGUGCCGACUCACCAACCGUACGGCUGUUUCUCCGAAGUCAGCACGCGGGCGCUCAGCUACGCCGGCCUCACGGGGCAGACGGGCAUGACGGUCGAGUUCUGCGCUGUGUACUGCAUGGCCGAGAAGGGCCGCCAGCUGUUCGGGGUCCAGUUUGGCGGUGAGUGCUGGUGCGGCGACAGCCUGACGGUCGGCAGCGUCAAAGUCGCGGACGGCGACUGCAACAUGCCGUGCACCGGGAACGCCGAGCAGCGUUGCGGAGGGUCCGAACGGCUCCACGUCUACGGCAGGGGCGGCGCGGCCCCACUGGCGUACAAGUACCACGGAUGCUACACGGAGGGGACCAACACGCGGGCGCUGGGCAUCGCGCGUCUGGAGAGCGCGUCUCUGACGGUGGCGCAGUGCGCCCAGUACUGCCUCGCGCAGACGGGCACAAACCACUUUGCCGUAGAGUUCGGGCGGGAGUGCUGGUGCGGCAACAACCUGGGCACCGGCGCCGUGUCGGUCCCGGAAGCCGAGUGCAAUAUGCCGUGCGCCGGCAACUCGGGCCAGACGUGCGGUGGAUCCAACAGGCUGAACCUGUACAGCAAGCAGCUAGAGCGGCCGCCGAUGAAGUUCAGGUACGAAGGCUGCUUCACGGAGCUCUCGACGGGCGGAAGAGCCCUGGGCGGAGAGCAGCGCCUGCGGUCUCGCAGAUACAUCCACGCGGAUGCUGUGGCAGCAUUCGAGGGAAAACGACUCCCUCAUGAUCUCGGCCGAGAGCUCACGCGUCUCUGCGUCGUCCACGGCAUUAGGUUCCACGCGGACUUCUGCUUCGGCCCAGCCGCCGUCCUCCGUGGAUCGCUACCACUCUUUACUCGUGCCCUGAACGCGAGAGCCAUCAUGAGCAAUCGAGUCCCAGACAUGAAUCCCGAUCAGCCCGGAGAUAUGCCCUACUGCAUAUGGUUUCCUGACCUUCCCUCGGAAGAUACCCUCAGAGAGCUCGUCCGGUGCGUUCCCGCCAUGGCCUACCAGGCCGCGCGCGCGUGUGCUGUCGCCGGACACACGGAGCUCUACAAGGAGCUUUCCGUGCAAAUCCUGCCCGAGGUUUCUAUCGCCGAGGAAGCCCGCGAGAACGGCAGCCAUGCCAUCUUCAAUAUGAUCAUGGAGGCGCCCUGUCGGUACAAAGUCUUUGACGAUUACAACCGUACGAUUGACACCACAGCACCGAAGCCCGCUUUCUUGAACGGCGAUACCGCAAUCCGACCGUACCUGCUAGAGACCCAGGCGUUUGGACCUCCAGUUGGUCGCCUGGAUGACGAAGAAGGGGAUUCCGAGCCUGACGACGACGAGUUGGAUCCCUGGGGCCUCAGCCCUCCACUCGGCUUCAUACAGACUCGCUUCAACAUCACCGAGGAUAUGAACAUCGAUCUCGACGGGAAUGGUGGAAUUCCGGGUUCAAUUACCCCAGUAGUCCCGAAUUCUGAUGAAGAGGCGCUGAAGAUUCUCUGCCAGCCGCUCCCAGCCGACCUGACCACCUGCCAUAAAGACUUGCUCAUUCUCAUGGCAGCAUACAACGGCGACAUCGAUAGGUACCAUCGACUGCGACGGCCUCGGCUCCUUGACCACGAGAUCGGAUGUAUUGUCCGCGGAAUAUAUCAUAAUACGCUUUUUGCGCAAUGGUGGAAAAGCCAGCCACUACCCGAGGGCGAUGAAUCGCCCAUCCGCAAGGCUAUAUCGGCGCGAGGAAUCAUGAACAACGACCUGUCUUACAUCCUGUCUCCAAACGGGGCCUGCCCCCGACUGAUCUGGUAUCCUGCCGUGGCUGCUUCCUCGACAUACGAGGCUCUCGCACGCCUCAUCCCCCCAAUGCGGCCCAAUGUUGCUCGUGCCGCCAUCUUCUCGAACAAUCAGACGCUAUUCGAUAGCCUAAUUGCCGGGGACGACGGUGGCGAGCCCGUUGAGCCGAGUUUCGGUCUGCUGAAUGAGGCCAGGCGAAGCCAUAAUGUGUAUUAUCGUGAAGCUCUAGAGCAGUUGCCCUCGCCACCCCCUGGGAUUGGAACGAACAAAGGCGAGCCGGAUUCUAUUUACAAUGGCAUGUCGUGUAACGCAAGCUAUGUCGAGACGUACAUCUCUAUCCCCGAGGAGUGGAGAAGGGCGCCGGAGGGUUACCAGCCAGAAGACGGAAUCACGCUUAUGGACCUGGACUACGAGCGGUGGCCUCCGGGGUUCUCGAAAAGACAUCCAGCGAAAGUUAGUAAUUAG